AGCUAGCUGAUAUCAUAUUCUUGUUGUCUCAUCAUUGUUGAUUAGAUUUUAAAUUAGUGUAUGCAAAGUCGGCGUUUUAGAUUUUUGAUUGAAAACAAUGAAACUUGUUGGAACUCUGACGUAUCGUACCUUAGGACAAUAGUGUUAGUUACUUUUUUGGCGAAGUUGGGUGAAGUGAAAUCUCCCAAAGAGAAACUAAUAAUCAUUUCGUUGUCAGAAGCUCUCCGUAACAGUUUGAGUUCCUUAUUAAAAAAAGAAAACGCGAUACUUAAAUUUCGUGAAAUUGUCUCGUUUUAUUGAACAUCAGUUUAGUGCAGGCUUCUGAUAUAUUCGCGAGUUAUUAGCUACUAAUUGUAAUAAAAUUUCAUCAAAACCAUUUCGUUGGAAGUUGUGAUCGAGUCAAGACGUGAAGUUACGUUACUCUACGAGUGAAUGUUUAGACCCUGAAAUUUUAGACUUUGAAUUGAAAGUUUAAUAAAAAAAAAAAACGAAAUCUCAGUUUAUCAUUAUCUAUUUGCGUCAAGUGGUGAAGAUUUUGGAGCCAUGUCUAACGUCUCGCAAAAAUUAACUCUGUUGAAUCAGAUGCACAAAAGCAGCCCAUCGUUGAACACUCAGCGUACACUUGAUCUUAUUCGUGACGAUCUGACAUCGAAUAUCAUGGCUGAUACUGAAGGCACAUGUUGGGAUUCACAAAACCCUCAUUUGUUCACUGUCAUGGGAGCUUCAGGCGACCUCGCAAAAAAGAAAAUUUAUCCCACGCUCUGGUGGCUCUACCGCGAUGGAUUACUUCCACCAAAUACAACAUUUUUCGGUUAUGCACGAACUAAAAUGACUGUGAAUGAGCUUCGUGAACGUUGCGAUCCGCAUAUGAAAGUAAAAAAUGAAGAGAAGGAACGAUACGAGCUGUUUUGGAAGAUUAAUUACUAUGUUGCAGGAAGUUACACGGAACGUCGUGAUUUUGAAUUGCUAAACAAAGAGUUAUCAAACUUUGAUAACCUUUCACGAGCCAAUCGCUUGUUCUACUUAGCUUUGCCGCCGUCAGUUUUUGAUACGGUCACCGUUCACAUUCGUAACACGUGCAUGGCAAAUAAAGGUUGGACUCGAGUGAUUGUUGAGAAGCCUUUUGGCAAAGAUUCAGCAAGCUCGAAAGUGUUGAGCGAUCACUUGUCAUCAUUAUUCGCUGAAGAUCAACUUUAUCGUAUUGAUCACUAUUUGGGAAAGGAAAUGGUUCAAAAUUUGAUGACAAUUCGUUUCGGAAAUCAAUUAUUUAAUCCAACAUGGAAUCGUCAGAAUAUCGCAUCGAUUAUGAUAACAUUUAAAGAGCCUUUUGGAACGCAGGGACGUGGUGGAUAUUUCGAUGAAUUUGGCAUCAUUCGAGAUGUUAUGCAAAAUCAUUUGUUGCAAAUUUUGUCGCUUGUAGCGAUGGAGAAACCGGCGUCAGUUCAUCCCGAUGAUAUUCGUAAUGAAAAAGUGAAAGUUCUGAAAUGUAUCCAACCGAUCACAUUGAAUGAUGUUGUUCUUGGACAAUAUAUCGGCAACCCUGAGGGUGAAGGUGAUGAGAAGUUCGGAUAUUUAGAUGAUAAAACUGUUCCCGAAGGAUCAAAUACGCCAACAUUCGCAAUGGCAGUCAUGAGAAUCAACAAUGAACGAUGGGAUGGAGUAAAUUUCAUCUUAAAGUGUGGAAAAGCGUUGAAUGAAAGAAAGGCUGAAGUCAGAAUUCAAUAUCAUGACGUAGCUGGUGAUAUUUUCGGUGGAAAAACAAAACGAAAUGAGCUUGUGAUUCGUGUGCAACCUGGCGAGGCUUUAUAUAUAAAAAUGAUGACAAAAACUCCCGGAAUUACUUUCGAUAUGGAAGAAACUGAACUUGAUCUAACAUAUCAGCAUCGUUACCAAGGAGUCGUCCUUCCAGAUGCUUACGAACGUCUCAUUCUCGAUGUCUUCUGUGGAAGUCAAAUGCAUUUUGUAAGAUCAGAUGAAUUAAGCGAAGCGUGGAGAAUUUUCACUCCCCUCUUACAUACAAUUGAAAGAGAAAAAAUUGAGCCCAUAAAAUAUGUUUAUGGCAGUCGUGGGCCAAUCGAAGCUGAUAACAAAAGUGAUGCGGCUAACUUUAAGUUUUAUGGUUCGUAUAAAUGGCAUAAGAGUCACUUUUGAGAAGAUUGAAGUCACGCAUUUCCACGUAAAUUAUUUAUGCAUGUUUGUAACUGUUGGUUGUGAGUCAUUCUUGAUUUUUAUGCUAGUACAAAAAACGUCAAAUGUUGAAUUUUUAUGACGUAGUAGUAGCAUGGAAACAGUUUGCAAACACUUUAAAACAUUGAAAGUUCUUUUUUAAAUUCAAUAGCUGAACGAAAAGAUUAAAAUUUUUCAUUUGAUCAUACAUUUUUUUCUUUCACAAUUAAAUUUAAAUGCAUUUUGAAUCAGAGCCCAUUAAUCAAUUUUUUUCAAUUAUUAUUUAUAAUACUAGAUAAGUUACAGCUCCUUGGGAGGUUUCAUAUUUAACUCUUUUUGCAUAAUUUAAUAGAGAUAAAACAUUCCAUUGUCAAUUAUGUGUGAAAAUGCUUUGGAAAAUUUUUCUUUUAAUAUAUUUUUUAAUAAACUUUUUUUUCAAUUCAUGUUUAAUCAAUUCAAUUGAAUAUCAAUUCACAAUA